AUGGUAGUAGUGACACAGGUCUUGCUAAGCGCUUUCCGUACGGCGAGGCAACGUGGAACAUCCAUUCCAUUUCUGUCCAUUCAAAGUGCACUACGACGCACUUCAUUCUCUACUCAAUCGAGCGUGUAUACAUGGGGUAGUGGCACGUUAGGUCAAUUAGGACACGGAACGAUUGUCAAGUCUGGCAUGCGCAAUGCGUACGAGGAGCUAUUGCCCAAGCUACUAGAAGCAUUUGAAGGAAAAGGCAUUGUCCGCUUAGAAUUUGGUGCUAGCCACAGUGCUGCCAUUGAUGAGAAUGGCAAGUUGUUCAUGUGGGGUUCUAACGAGUAUGGCAAAUUGGGACUGGGAGAAAGCAGUGAGAUGGAAGUGCUACCGCGAGAAGUAGAGGCUUUCCAAGGCAUUAAGAUCGUGGAUGUAUCAUGUGGAGACUAUUAUACAGUUGCAGUGGAUGCUGAUGGUAAAAUGUACUCGUGGGGUUGGGGAGGCUCUACGAUGAAGGGUGCUGGCGGACUCGGUCAUGCUGGCGGGAAGGACGAGCCCACACCUCGGCUAUUGACGACCCUGGUGGACCAAGGAGUGCCUAUGUCCACGGUGGAGUGCGGCGAAUUCCACACAGUGGCGCUUACCAAGGACGGCGAAAUUUGGGCUUGGGGUAAUGGCGAGUACGGACGUCUAGGCAAUGGCGAGUCUGACACGUGCGAGGUGCCGGAGCCAAUCGAGUUCUUUUUGAAGGAAAAUGUGGUUUCGAUUGCUGUUGGUCGUGACUUUUCCUUUGCGCUAACGGACAAAGGCGAGCUGUAUAGCUGGGGUGGCAACAGUCACAAUCAGCUGGGUAUUGGUGGUGGCUUAGCUAUGGACGUGUACAACAUCGAGUCAAUCCCAGUGCUAGUUGAGGCGUUCAACGGGCUGUCCGUGAAGCAGGUCGCUGCCGGCUAUGACCAUGCCGCAGCGGUGACGGAGGACGGACGUCUGUACAUGUGGGGCGCCAAGAUCUGGAUUGAGCCGCAUGAGAUGACUGCUAUGAAUGAGCACAAGGUAGUGCAGGUGGCUUGCGGACGACAAUACACAGCAGCACUGACGGAUGACGGCAAGAUCUUUACAUUUGGUAAGGGUAGCUCCACUUGUUUGGGUCACGGCGAUCGAAAGAACCAGUUGCAGCCUGUGCAGAUCCAGGCUCUGGCCGACGUCAACAUUACCUCGGUAUCAUGCGGUGACUACCACAUGGGGGCCAUCGCAACACCUCACGCCGAGGCUGCAGACAAAGAUUUUUCCUUCCGGGAGUAG